GUUGCGCUGCAUCGCCUUCUUCCCCCCCGCACAAGGACAUCCACCGCUCUUCCUGCCUUUCCUCCGUCUCGCCCCCUUCCGUGUAUUUAUCGCUGGCUCGGCCCGCCGUCUGCUCUUGCUUCUGUCCCGUCAGACCGAAGAACACCCAGCUGCUUGCAAGCCGUCUCGCCGUCUCUGCCAUGCCGUCUCCCGUCCUCCUCGCCCAGGCCUCCCAGUGCGCCGAUCUCAUCGCCUAUCUGGGCCCGGCGACCGCUGCCCGGAGCGGAUUGACGCUGGCCAGCUGCUGCAGCCCGCUGCCGUCCUCGGGCGUCUCUGUUGCCUGCUCGAGCUCCGGCAUCGUGGCCCUCAACGCCUCUGGCAUCCGCACCAACGCGCCCUUUCCCUCGGCUUUCCUCGGGUGGAGCACUCUCACGUCGCUCUCCCUCGCCGAUGCUGGCCUGGUGGGUGCUCUGGACAGCACCCUCUGGACAUCGAGCUCGCUGACAUACCUCGAUUUGAGCAACAAUCCCGGGCUUGCUGGCCCUGCACCGGCCUUUGCAUCCACCCUCGGCACUUGUCGACUCGUCGGAAGCUCGGUCUGCUCUGAGGCCAAGCUCAACUGUCUCCCGGUCUCGACCGGCCUGCCGUCCUGCACAAUCACCAGCACCAACAGCCCAAACAUCAACCGUGUCCUGGCUGUGACAGCGGUGGCAGCAAAGCCAUCUCCCACACCCGCCAGCACCAUCGAGAUCGUAACGCCCUUGCUCUACUACUUUAUAGCCGGAGCCGCUGGUGUGGCCUUCGUGUUCUUUGUCUUUUUGCUGGCAUGCUACUUCAGCGCAUCCUGUGGCGGCUACACCCAGGACAUUGAGCGCACGCGAUCGCUCAAGCGAAACAAUACUCUUCAGACCAGCAUCGACGACUAUGCUCCCGGUCCCCGCUCCGAUUCGCUUUCGAGCUCUCCCAAAUCGCCCGACACCAGCAGCGCCGCUGUCAAGCGCGCCGAGGGCUUCAUCCGCGACAAUGGCAGCAACGAGUUUCGUGUCGUCCGCGGCCACAGCAAGUCGGCCAGCGAUGAACUGCACCUGGCUGUCGGUGACAAGGUCACCCUGACCAAAGUGUUUGAAGACGGAUGGGCCGAGGGUAUCUCGCGCCGCGCCGGUGGUCCUGCCAUGUUGCCGCUGGGCUGUCUGGGAGGAUCGGUUCAGCGAUACUUUAUCCAGGCUGCCCAGUCCCUCCAGGCCCAGGAGAGCAACACGGCCGCCAACCAGCCUCCGGUCGACAGCAACAAGGCCCAGCCCGCCAAAGAUCUCAUCGGCCCCGCGAUGUGAAGCAGCAGUGGCACUUGGGACUCACCCGGCACGCCAGACGGAUCAAAAGUGCAUAUCUGGACGAUGGACGCCUUGCAUGCGACCGAGACUGCUCACUAAUCCUCCCUAAACACCGUGACCGCCCUAACCACCCUGAACAACAUGCCCUUGGUCCGCACCCGUAUUUAUUGAAUGGAGCUCCCCUAUCCCCUCACUCCCCACCGUGCCUUUGCCGUGCAUUGCUCAUCCUUUGUCGUCUCCUUUCCCCGCCCCGCUCGAGCAGAGCUUUCUCAUAGUCCUUUGAGCUGCCAUCCCGUGCUUCAUAUCUAUAACAAACUCUUCUGGACUCUGUUUUCCUCCACCCCUUUGUUCCACUCGAAUUGGACGCUGCUGAGUUGCCCCUUGGGCGCUCUAUCCUCUGGUAUUUCCUUUGUUUGAUCGAUGUAUCCCAAAUGAUCAAUAUGUGAGCCGCGCUGUCUUUACACAUGAAUAUUGGUUAUUGGCUCAGA